AUGGCAGAGGAGAGCCUGGAGACAGAUAACCCCAGAUCCUCCAUGCCGGCUGAGCUCCAUCAUCCCCACUCUAAGUUCUCUCAGUGGAAGUUUAAACUGUUUAGGGUGAAGUCCAUGGAGAAGGCACCACUGCCCAGUGAGACACAGCCUGAGAAAGGAGCCUUGUUAGGGAUCCCACCUCCCGCAGCUCUCAAUAUAGAGUUAGAUAAUGGUGCUAAUCCAGGGAGUGUUAUGAAAUUGUGCCUAGGGGGAAAAAGCAAGGAAAAUGUGGAGAGCCCGAGCCGGAGGGUAGAUGUGAAGCUACAGGAAAUGGACACCCAUAUGAACCAUCUCAGGUGCUUCUGCCGUCUCUGUGGAAUGGCCUUGAGAAAAGUCAAAGGACCAGUGCACGAUGUUCAUGGGGAUCUGGAUGAAGUAAGCAAAGGUGCCCUCCGUAGAAUGGGCUGCAAGUUUGCACGCUGGGCAGAGGUCAUCCUAAAAGUCUUCAAAGUGGAUGUGACAGAGGACACAGAAUCUGUCCACCCCCUUUCCUUCUGCCAUCGCUGCUGGAUGGCUGCCAUACGAGGAGGGGGCGUCUGCAGCUUCUCCAAAACAAGAGUCCCUGAGUGGAGACCCCACUCUUCCCUCUGCCACCUUUGCUACCCCAGAAAACCUUCAUUCCAGCGAACUAGGAGGAAGAGGAGGAAAGCUAUUCCAAGAGCCCAGAGCCUGGCAAAAAGGACCAGAUGGGACCAUAGUGACAGCAUUUCAGUUGGUGAGAGGAGGGUUCUGAGACCAUUUGGAGACCGUCAUCAUGGUCCUGUGCUCAGGGCCUGGAGGAAACCCAGCACCCAGAGAGAGCAGUGGGUGAAGAACAUCACCCACUGCCAGAAAGACCACCUGAGUGUCAAUCAGAUUUCUGAGAAGCUCCCUGUAGAUUUCCUCUUUUCUUUCACCUGCCUGGUGUGUGACCACCUGCUCUCUGAUCCAGUCCAGUCCCCCUGUGGGCACCUCUUCUGCCGCAGCUGUAUAAUAAAAUAUAACUACGUUCUGGGACCUCACUGCCCGGCCUGCAACUUGCGCUGUACCCCUGAUAAUCUCACCUCGCCUGCCAAAGCCUUCUUAUCAGCCCUACAAUCCCUGCCUCUGCUCUGCCCCAAAACUGGCUGUGGCAAGCAGGUAAGGCUAGAUUUAUUUAAAGCUCACAGUGCAGACCAUGACCUGGAUGAACAGGAUGCAAACAAGCAGUCAUCAGAACUUGACAGCUACCUGCUAACCAAUAAAGGAGGAAGACCCCGUCAGCAUUUGCUAUCCCUAACACGUCGUGCCCAGAAGCAUCGGCUGAGGGAUCUGAAGAACCAGGUGAAGGUGUUUGCAGACAAAGAGGAAGGUGGCGACCUGAAGUCUGUGUGUCAAACUCUGUUCCUACUUGCGCUAAGAUCUGCGAAUGAACACCGGCAGGCAGAUGAACUAGAGGCCCUGAUGCAAGGCAGAGGCUUUGGGUUGCGUCCUGCUGUGUGCUUGGCCAUUCGGGUGAACACUUUCCUGAGCUGCAGCCAGUAUCACAAGAUGUACCGGACUGUCAAAGCCACCAGUGGCCGCCAGAUUUUUCAGCCCCUGCACACCCUGCGAGCUGCAGAGAAGGAGCUUCUCCCUGGCUUUCACCAGUUUGAAUGGCAGCCAGCUCUCAAGAAUGUGUCUACAUCUUGCAAUGUUGGCAUUAUUAAUGGGCUCUCUGGAUGGGCUUCCUCAGUGGAUGAGUCCCCAGCUGACACCAUCACUCGGCGGUUUCGCUAUGAUGUGGCACUGGUGUCAGCAUUAAAGGAUCUGGAGGAGGACAUCAUGGAGGGGCUGAGAGAGAGUGGGAUGGAAGACAGCGCUUGCACCUCAGGCUUCAGUGUCAUGAUCAAGGAAUCUUGUGAUGGCAUGGGAGAUGUCAGCGAGAAGCAUGGUGGAGGACCAGUUGUUCCUGAAAAGGCUGUACGUUUCUCUUUCACUGUUAUGUCUGUCUCUGUCCUGGCAGACGAUGAGGAGGAAGAGGUUACCAUCUUCACGGAGCCAAAGCCAAACUCAGAACUGUCCUGUAAGCCCCUUUGCCUGAUGUUUGUGGAUGAGUCAGACCAUGAGACACUCACAUCCGUCCUGUGGCCUAUAGUUGCAGAGCGUAAUUCCAUGAAAGAGAGCAGGCUCAUCCUAUCUAUGGGUGGACUACCUCGCUCCUUCCGCUUCCACUUCAGAGGCACGGGAUAUGAUGAAAAGAUGGUGCGUGAGAUGGAGGGCCUUGAAGCAUCAGGGUCCACCCAUAUCUGCACUCUUUGUGACUCCAGCCGGGCAGAGGCAUCUCAAAACAUGGUUCUACACUCCAUCACCCGCAAUCAUGAAGAGAACCUAGAACGUUAUGAAAUUUGGAGAACCAACCCCUAUUCUGAGUCUGUGGAUGAGCUGCGAGACAGAGUCAAAGGGGUCUCUGCCAAGCCCUUCAUGGAGACUCAUCCCACGCUGGAUGCAUUACACUGUGACAUAGGCAAUGCCACUGAGUUCUACAAAAUCUUCCAAGAUGAGAUCGGGGAGGUGUUCAAAAAGGUCAACCCCACCCGGGAGGAACGGCGCAGCUGGAGGGCAGCCCUAGAUAAACAACUGAGGAAGAAGAUGAAGCUUAAACCGGUAAUGAGGAUGAAUGGGAACUAUGCCCGCAGGCUAAUGACCCUGGAGGCUGUGGAGGUGGUGUGUGAGCUGGUGCCCACAGAGGAGAGGAGGGAGGCCCUGAGGGAGCUUUUAAGGCUCUACCUACAGAUGAAGCCUGUGUGGCGUGCCACCUGCCCAGCCAAGGAGUGCCCUGACCAGCUGUGCCGCUACAGCUUUAACUCCCAGCGCUUCGCCGACCUCCUCUCCUCUACUUUCAAAUAUAGGUACAAUGGAAAGAUAACCAAUUACCUGCACAAGACCCUGGCCCAUGUGCCUGAAAUCAUAGAGAGAGAUGGAUCCAUAGGAGCAUGGGCCAGCGAGGGGAACGAGUCGGCAAACAAACUGUUCAGGCGUUUCCGGAAGAUGAAUGCUCGUCAGUCAAAGGUUUUUGAGCUAGAGGACGUGUUGAAACAUCACUGGCUCUACACCUCCAAGUACUUGCAGAAGUUUAUGGAAGCUCACAAAGACUCUGCCAAAGCUCUGCAAGCUAGCAUUGACCCAGUAGAGAGCCUGGAAGAUGAGGACAUGUCUCUGGAAGUUGUUGAUUUUUGA